CCAUUUCUGCCCCUUUCUCUCCUCUCCCGUGCAUAUGAGUCUCAUUAUCUCCUUGAAUAAAGGGAUUCCUUUGACUUCAAAGUACCCCCCACACACACUCACAUACAUGAGAGAGAGAGAGAGAGGGGGAGAGAGAGAGAGAGAGAGAGAGAGAGAGAGAGAGAGGAUGUUGCUAACAGUACACGCAUAUGUAUAGUGGGAUCCCAAUUCCCCCAUUGUUUAAUCCUUAACAACGACUGUAUUUUCACGUAAACGUUUUCUCUUACGCGCUACGCUAUAGAAAAGGAAGAAGGAGAUUCCAUUGGUUGGACAUCUUCUCACAAUGAGCCACUUCGUCCAGACCAUGUUCUCCCAUGACGGCAACAUCAUGUUCGUCGCCGUAAUAUCUCUACUCGUCGUAAUCCUCUUCGUCUUGCUUCUCCACAUCUGCGCGAACUGGUUCUUGGCGCAAGCCCAGCAACGGAGGCGACGCUCCAUUACCGUCUCGCACGUGCUCCGGCCCACUCGCUUCCGCCAUUUCCAUACAUUCACCAUCGACGACGCCUCUCUUUCCAACUCUCCCACGAAAGGCCUCGACCCGUCCGCCAUCGCCACGAUCCCUCUGUUCGUGUACAGCUCGGAGGAGCACAAGCAUGGGCAGUCGGAGUGCGUCGUUUGCUUGAGCCCGUUCGAGGAAAACGAGAUAGGGAGGGAGUUGCCCAAGUGCCGCCACGUGUUUCACGUGGAGUGCAUCGACGUGUGGUUGAGUUUGCAUUCCAACUGCCCCAUUUGCAGAGCUCCGGCGGUGUCUGAGGCUAACGUUGACGGGACGACGACUUCUUCAACUGCGGAUUCUUCCGAGUUGGGUUUGAUCGGUGAUGGGGAUUCUGCAUUGGAGGUUGUGAUUGAUAUCCAUGAGACUACUGAUCAUGAUCAGAAUGUAGUGGCCAUGGCGGCAGCUGGCGAUUCUGUAUCGGUAUCUUCGCCAUCUUCGUCGCUGGGUUGUUCGUUGAAGAGGAUGCUGAGCAGGAAUAGAUCAGAACGCAAGGUCUUCCCGUCGUCGAAUGCGAAUGAAGCGGAUGCUCAUGCUUGAGAGAGAGAGAGAGAGAGAGAGAUCACUGUGAAUGUCGAUACCUAGCUCCUGUUGUUGUAUAGCUUUCAUGGCAAAUUGUCAUCUUUUUGUUAGAGUUUUGUGAUUGGGCCUGUUGAUACUACCUGCGUGGAACGUCGAUCUAUUUUGGUUGGUUCUAAUAGUACUGAGAUUGAUCGUA